AUGGCUGAUAGAUAUUCGUUUUCUUUGACUACUUUCUCUCCAAGUGGUAAACUGGGUCAGAUUGACUAUGCUUUGACUGCUGUCAAACAAGGUGUCACAUCCUUGGGUAUUAAAGCCACCAAUGGUGUAAUUAUAGCUACUGAGAAGAAGAGUUCUUCUCCUUUGGCAUUGACUGAAGAUGUCUCGAAAAUUUCUUUAUUGACUCCUGAUAUCGGUGCUGUCUAUUCAGGUAUGGGUCCAGAUUUUAGAGUCCUGGUUGAUAAAUCUAGAAAAGUGGCCCAUACCAACUAUAAAAGAAUAUACGGUGAAUAUCCACCAACUAAACUUUUAGUAUCAGAAAUCGCAAAAAUUAUGCAAGAAGCUACACAAUCUGGUGGUGUUAGACCAUUCGGUGUUUCUCUAUUGGUCGCAGGUCACGAUGAACACAAUGGUUUCAGUUUAUACCAAGUAGACCCUUCAGGUUCUUACUUCCCUUGGAAGGCCACUGCUAUAGGGAAGGGUUCGAUUGCUGCAAAGACCUUCUUGGAGAAAAGAUGGAAUAAUGAAUUGGAAUUAGAAGAUGCUAUCCACAUUGCUUUGCUAACGCUGAAAGAAUCAGUAGAAGGUGAAUUCAAUGGGGACACUAUCGAAAUCGCCAUCGUAGGUAACAACAAUCAAGAUAUGUUGGGUUACAAAGGUACCGACGAUAAGGGACCAAGAUUCAGAAAAUUGACUGCACAAGAAAUUAAUGACAGAUUAGAUGCUUUGUAA